CAGCCCCGGGGUAUUUGUAGGGCCGGACUCCUUUGUCCCCUCUCUGAUGGCGCCCGCUCACUCCCCAGCGCUGAGUCCAGAGUCCGGCCGCCAGCUCCCCGCGUCCAGCAUCCCGCGCUCGCCGACCGCGGCUGCCGGGUGUGACGCAGGGGCUGGGGGACUCUGACCUGGGCCCAGUGCGGUCGGAGCCUGUCCCGCUAGUCCCCGGGACGGGUUUUUCCCCUACCCCGCCCGCCCCCGCGCCUGUACCGGGAUCCCCACUUCUCCCGGCCUUCGGGAGCCUGAGAGCCAGAGAUGGCGUUGUUGGAAAUAAAGCCCCAAGCGGGGGUCGGCGAGGCUGGUGAUCAGCGUCGGUAACAGGGCCUUUCUGUCCUCUCCCCGGUCCCAGUGCACCGGUUAAUCAACGACCCUCGCUUUUUCCCCGUACUGGAGGGUUAGGGAGCAAUAGUGCCGAACUACGCUGCUGCUACAAAAUACCUUUUGAGGGGGGCAACAUAAAAAAGGAUUGUAUGUAUAGUUUAUAUACGAUAAAAUGCCCCGUUUUUAGUGUGCAAAUCGAUGGGAUUUGACAAAUUAUACCCUCCUGUAACCAUUAUCCCAACGUGAACAUUGACCAUUUCUUUUACCCUGCAAAGCUCUUUGGUCCCUCCCUCCAGUUAGCCCUUGCAGCCCCAGGCCCCGCACUCAACCCCCGUUCUGAUUGUUAUCAAGCUUAGUUUUGCCUGUUCUAGAACGUCAUAGAACAAGAUCAUCUGAUUCUAUCUGGGUGCUGACAUCCAGCCACUUCUCUGACAAUGAAGUACAUCCUGGUCACUGGUGGGGUCAUCUCAGGCAUUGGCAAAGGGAUCAUCGCCAGCAGCAUUGGGACGAUUCUAAAAUCAUGUGGACUCCGAGUUACUGCCAUCAAAAUCGACCCCUAUAUUAACAUCGAUGCAGGCACUUUUUCACCUUAUGAACAUGGUGAAGUCUUUGUCUUAAAUGAUGGUGGAGAAGUUGAUUUGGACCUUGGAAAUUAUGAAAGAUUUUUGGAUAUUAGUCUUUAUAAAGACAACAACAUCACCACGGGGAAGAUAUAUCACCAUGUUAUCAACAAAGAGAGGCAUGGUGAUUACCUGGGGAAAACAGUGCAAGUUGUCCCUCACAUUACUGAUGCUGUCCAGGAGUGGGUUAUGAAUCAAGCCAAGGUGCCAGUGGAUGGUAAUAAGGAGCCCCAAAUAUGCGUUAUUGAGCUGGGAGGCACCAUUGGAGAUAUCGAAGGAAUGCCGUUUGUGGAAGCAUUUAGACAAUUCCAGUUUAAGGCGAAAAGAGAGAAUUUCUGUAAUAUCCAUGUUAGCCUUGUCCCACAGCUCGAAGCUACCGGAGAACAAAAAACCAAACCCACCCAAAACAGUGUUCGCGCGCUGAGGGGGUUAGGCCUGUCUCCAGAUCUGAUUGUCUGCCGAAGUUCAACACCCAUUGAGAUGGCCGUGAAGGAGAAGAUUUCUAUGUUUUGUCACGUGAACCCUGAACAGGUCAUAUGUAUCCAUGAUGUUUCUUCCACAUACCGAGUUCCUGUGCUUUUGGAGGAACAAGGCAUUGUGAAACAUUUUAAGGAGAGAUUGCGCCUGCCCAUUCGUGAUUCUUCAAGUAAUUUGCUCUUCAAGUGGAGAAAUAUGGCUGAGAGGUAUGAAAGGCUACAGAAAACAUGCUCCAUAGCCCUGGUUGGCAAAUAUACCAAGCUCAGAGACUGCUACGCCUCUGUGUUCAAAGCCCUGGAACACUCAGCCCUGGCCAUCAACCACAAGCUGAAUCUGAUGUACAUAGACUCUAUUGAUCUGGAGGCGGUCACUGAAGCCGAGGACCCUGUGAGAUACCAUGAAGCUUGGCAGAAGCUAUGCAAAGCUGAUGGUAUUCUUGUGCCUGGAGGCUUCGGAGUCAGAGGAACAAUGGGAAAACUGCAGGCAAUUUCUUGGGCAAGGACAAAGAAGAUUCCUUUUCUGGGAGUUUGUCUUGGGAUGCAACUAGCAGUGAUUGAAUUUGCAAGAAACUGCCUUAACUUGAAAGAUGCUGAUUCCACCGAAUUUAGGCCAGAUGCCCCAGUUCCUCUGGUGAUUGAUAUGCCCGAACACAACCCUGGCGAUUUGGGAGGAACAAUGAGACUGGGACUAAGAAGAACUGUUUUCAAAACUGAAAAUUCAGUACUAAGGAAACUUUAUGGUGGUGUUCCUUUUAUAGAAGAGAGACACAGACAUCGGUACGAGGUAAACCCUAACAUGAUCAACGAAUUUGGGGAGAAUGACUUAAAAUUUGUAGGUCAGGAUAUUGAUGGACAAAGGAUGGAAAUCAUUGAACUGGCAAAUCAUCCCUAUUUUGUUGGUGUCCAGUUCCAUCCUGAGUUUACUUCUAGGCCGAUGAAGCCUUCCCCUCCAUACCUGGGGCUCUUACUUGCGGCAACUGGGAACCUGAAUGCCUACUUGCAGCAGGGUUGCAGACUGUCUCCCAGAUUCAGUAUUCUGCCUCCUUCCGGACGACCAAGGAGACUCGUGGUCUUGUUUUCUGACUUCCCCAUCAGCAUAGUCCGCAAACGCCGCCGUCGGUCUCCACUCCCACCUCAAAAGAAGAAACCAAGACCACCUCCUGCUCGGGGACCAAAGGAGACAUCAACUUCUACAGGCUUGGUGAAGAAGGGAGAACAAGAACAGCAAGAAAUAAUUGAAAACAUUGAUGAAGUACAAAAUGAAAUAGACAGACUUAAUGAACAAGCCAGUGAGGAGAUUUUGAAGGUAGAACAGAAAUAUAAUAGACUCCGCCAACCGUUUUUUCAGAAGAGGUCAGAAUUGAUUGCCAAAAUCCCCAAUUUUUGGGUAACAACAUUUGUCAACCAUCCACAAAUAUCUACACUGCUUGGGGAGGAGGAUGAAGAGGCACUGCAUUAUUUGGUCGGUGUUGAAGUUACAGAAUUUGAAGAUAUUAUUAAAUCAGGUUACAAAAUAGAUUUUCAUUUUGAUGAAAAUCCUUACUUUGAAAAUAAGGUUAUCUCCAGAGAAUUUCAUCUGAAUGAGAGUGGUGAUCCAACUUCAACAUCCACCAAAAUCAAAUGGAAAUCUGGAAGGGAUCUGACAAAACGUUCAAGUCAAAAGCAGAAUAAAGCCAGCAGGAAGAGGAAGCAUGAGGAACCAGAGAGCUUCUUUACCUGGUUUAAGGACCAUUCUGAUACAGGUGCUGAUGACUUAGGAGAGGUCAUCAAAGAUGAUAUUUGGCAAAACCCAUUACAGUACUACUUGGUUCCCGAUAUGGAUGAUGAAGAAGAAGAGGAAGAAGAAGAAGAGGAAGAGGAAGAAGAAGAAGAAGAAGAAGAAGAAGAAGAAGAAGAAGAAGAAGAAGAAGAAGAAGAAGAAGAAAGAGAAGAGGAUAAUGAUCAUGAUGAAGAGGAGGAAGGAUUAGAAGAUGUUGAUGAAGAAGAGGAUGAGGAUGAAGGUGAAGAAGAUGAAGAUGAUGAUGAAGGGGAGGAAGGAGAGGAGGAUGAAGGAGACGAUGACUAAUAGAACACUGACGGAUUCCAACCUUCCUUUUUAAAAAUUUCCUUCAGUCCCUGGGAGCAAGUUGCAGUCUUUUGUUUUUUUCCUCUUGUGCUCAGUCGCCCUGUUCUUGAGGUCUCCUUUCUCUAUACCAUUGUUCUCAGCUUAUUUUGGGGGAAAUACCUUGAGCAGAAUACAAUGGGAAAAAGAGUCUGUACUCUUUCUGUUCGAAAUUCAUUUUUAUCCAUUCCUGUCUGAACAAAAACUGUAUGGAAUCAACACCACUGAGCUCUGUGGGAAAAAAGAAAAACCUGCUCCCUUCGUUCUGCUGGCAGCUGGAGUGUGCUAGACCCCUGUGUAGUAGUGCAUAGAAUUCUAGCUUUUUUCCUCCUUUCUCUGUAUAUUGGGCUCAGAGAGUACACUGUGUCUCUGUGAAUAUGGACCAUUAGCAUUUACCAACGUGUAUCUGUCUACUUUCUCUUGUUUAAAAAAAGAAAAAAAAACUUUAAAAAAAUGGGGUUAAAGAAGGUCAGCAAAGGGUGAAUUUGAGAUGUUUGAGUGGGUUAAGUGGGCAUUUCGACAACAUGGCUUCUCCUUUGGCAUGUUUAAUUGUGACAUUUGACAGACAUCCUUCCAGCUUAAGAUGACACUUUUAAAAUAAAUUCUCUCCUAAUGAUGACUUGAGCCCUGCCACUCAAUGGGAGAAUCAGCAGAACUUGUAGGAUCUUACUUGGAACUGACAUUCUCUAUUGUAAUUUUGUUCCUGUUUAUUUUAAAAUUUUCUUUUUGUUUCACUGGAAAGGAAAGAUGAUGCUCAGUUUUAAAUGUGGAUAAAGUUGCUUUGUUACAAUAAAGCUAAACGUGUACACACACACACACACACACACACACACAUUUUAGAUUCAGGGAGUACAUAUGCAGGAGUUUCACAUGGAUAUAUUGCAUGAUACUGAGGUUUGAGCUUUUAUUGAACCUUUCACCCAUAUAGUGAACAUAGUUAGUACCCAACAGGUAGUUUUUCAGUCGUUGCUCUCCUUCCUCCCUCCUUUUGGAGUCCCCAGUGUCUAUUGUUUCUAUCCUUAGGUCCAUAGAUACCCAGUGCUUAAUACCCACUUAUAAGUGAGACCAUGUGGUAUUUGGCUUUCUAUUCCUGGGUUAUUCCUUCUUAAUUUUUUCAUCAACCCAGUGGUCAUUCUGGAGCACAUUGUUUAAUUUCUAUGUGUUAAUUACUCUUGUUAUUGAUUUCUAGUUUUAUUCCACUGUGGUUGGAGAAAAUACCUUGUAUAAUUUCAAUUUUUUUUGGGAAAAUUUUCAGGCUUGUUUUGUGGCCUAACGUGGUCAGCCCUUGAGAAUGAUCCAUGUGCUGAUGAGAAGAAUGUGUAUUCUGCAGAUCUUGGAGGAAAUGUUCUGUAAAUAGCUGUUAGAUCCCAUUUGGUGUAUAGUGCAGAUUAAAUCUAAUGUUUCUUUGUUGCUUCUCUGUCUUCAUGAUGUGUUCAAUGCUGAAAGUGGGGUGUUGACGUCUCCCGCUAUUAUUGUAUCGGACUGUGCCUCUCUUUAGCUCUAAUAAAGUUUACCUUAUAUGUCUGGGUAUUCUAGUGUUGGGUGCAUGUAUAUAUUAUAAUUGUUAUAUCCUCUUGCUGCAAUGGCCCCUAUGUCAUUAUAUAGUGACCUUCUUUGUCUCUUUUUAUAGUUUAAGGAUAAAAAAUAGUUGGAAUCUAUUUUGUCUGGUAUAAGUAUAGCUACUCCUGCUUUUUUUUUUUUUGUUUUUUGUUUUUGGUUUUUAUUUGCAUGGAAUAUCUUCUUCCAUCUCUUUAUUUUCAGUCUAUGUGUGUCUUUAUAGGUAGGUGUGUUUCUUGUGGGCAACAGAUUAUUGGGACUUGUACUUUUAAAAUCCAUUCAACCAUUCCAUGUCUUUUGAUUGGAGAGUUUAGUCCCUUUACAUUCAAUGUUAUUAUUGAUAAGUAAGGGCUUACUCUGCCAUUUUGUUGUCUGUUUUCUAGUUAUUUUGUGGUCUUCUCUCUUUUUUUCCUUUCAUCCUGUCUUCCUUUUGGUGAAGGUGAUUUUUUUCUGUUGUUAUGAUUUAAUUUCUCGUUUUUCAUUUUUUGUGUAUCUGUUUUAUGUUUUUUUAUUUGAGAUUAUCAUGAGGCUUGCAAUGCUAUCUUAUAACGUGUUAUUUUAAACUGUUGUCAACUUAACACUGUUGCAUAAAUAAAUAAGCAAAUUAACAAACCAUCAAAGAAAAAACUAAAACUCCACACUUUUUCAUCUCAUAGCUUUGUAAGUUUUUAUCAUUUGUAUUUAUAUCUUGUUGUAUUGACUGUGUCUAAAAAAGUUGUUGUAGUUAUUAUUUUUGAUACGCUCAUCUUUUAGUCUUUGUACUCAAGAUAUGAGUAGUUUACACACCACAGUUACGGUGUUAUAAUAUUCUGUGUUUUUCUAUGGACUUACUAUUACUCAUAAGUUUUGCAGCUUUAGAUAAUUUCUUAUAGCUCAAUAAUGUCCUUUUCUGUUAGAUUGAGGCAUUCUCUUCAGGAUUUCUUGUAGGACAGGUCUGGUGUUGAUAAAAUCCUUCAGCUUUUAUUUAUCUGGGAAAGUCUGUGUUUCUCCUUCAUGUAUAAAGGAUAUUUUCCCUGGAUAUACUAUUCUAGGGUAAAGGUUUUUUCAUUCAGUGCUUUAAAUGUGUCACGCCACUGUCUCCUGUCCUGUAACAUUUCCACUGAGAAGUCUGCUGCCAGAUGUAUUAAGAGUUCCUUUGUAUGUUGUUUGUUUUUUUUCUCUUGAUGCUUUUACGGUCUUUUCUUUAUCCUUAACCUUUGGGAAUUUGAUUAUUAAAUGUCUUGAGGUAGUCUUCUUUGGGUUAAAUUUACUUUGUGUUCUAUAAUAUUCUUCUAUUUGAAUAUUGGUAUCCUGCUCUAGGUUUUGCAAGUUCUCUGUUAUCCACUUAAUUAACUUUCUACUCUGAUUUCUCUCUCUUUAAUGUUAAUACCUCUUAGAUUUGCCCUUUUGAGGCUAUUUUCUAGAUCUCGUAGGUGUGCUUAAUUCUUUUUUUCUUUUUCCUUUUGUCUCCUCUGACUGUGUAUUUUUCAAAUAGCCUGUCUUCAAGCUCACUAAUCCUUUCUUCUGCUUGAUCAGUUCUGCUAUUAAGAGACUCUGAUGCAUUCUUCACUAUGUUAGUUGCAUUUUUUAGCUCCAGAAUUUCCACCUGAUUCUUUUGAAAAUAUUUCAAUCUCUUUGUUACAUUUAUCUCAUAGGAUUCUGAGUUUCUUCUCUGUUUUAUCUUGGAUUUCACUGAGCUUCCACAAAACAAUUAUUUUGAGUUCUCUGACUGAAAGGUCACAUAUCUCUGUCUCUCUGGGAUUGGUCCGUGGUGCCUUAUUUAGUUUGUUUGGUGAGGUCAUGUUUUCCUAGAUGUUCUUGAUGUUUUUGGAUGUUUGCUGGUGUCUGGAUAUUAAAGAGUUAGGUAUUUAUCAUAGUCUUCACCAUCUGGGCUUUGUUUUUAUUUGUUCUUGGGAAGGCUUUCCAAGUGUUCAAAGGGACUUUGGUGUUGUGAUCUAAGUCUUUGGUCACUGUAGCCAUGUCUGCAUUACGGGCUGUUCCAAACCCAGUAAUGCUGUGGCUUUUGUGGACUCAUAGAAGUACUGCUUUGCUGGUCUUGGGUAAGAUCCAGAGAAUUUUCUGGAUUACCAGGUAAAGUGUCUUAUUCUAUCCACUUACUUUCCCUUAAACAACUGGAGUCUCUCUCUCUCUGUGCUGAGCUGCCUGGAGCUGGGGGAAGGGUGACACAAGCACCCUUGCAGUCACCACUACUGGGACUGUGUGUGUUAGACUCAAUGCCAGCACAGCACUGGGUCUUGUGCAAGCUCUGCCGUGACCACUGCCUGGUUAGUGCCUAUGUUCUUGGGCCUCUACAAUCAGCAGCUUGUCAGCUUGUGGUGAAUGCUGCCAGGCCUGGGUCUCUCUCUUCAGGGCAGUGGGCUCCCAUCGGGUCCAGGGCAGGUCCAGCAAUGCCAUUGAGAAACCAAGAUCUGGAACCAGGGAUCUCAGGAGUCCACUUGGUGCUCUACCUGACUGUCGCCAAGCUGGUACCCAAGCUGCAAGACAAAGUUCCCUUUACUCUUUUCUUUCUUGAAGCAGAAGGAGUCUCUCCUCAUAACCUCCACACCUGGGAAUGUGCUGGGUCACCCCUGAAGCCAACAUGGAACUGGUUCCCAUCCAAAGCCCACGGCAAGUACUGCCUGGCUGCCACUGCUGAUUAUUCAGGGACCCAAGGUCUCUUUAGUCAGCAGGUGGGGAAUCCUUCCAGGACUGAGUCUUUCCCUUCAGAGUAGUAGGUUUCCUGCUGGCCCAGGGUGUGUCUAGAAAUGUCAUCUGAGAGUUAGAGCCUGGAAUGGGGGCCUGAUGGCUCUGUCUGGUGCCCUAUUCUACCGUGGCUGAGCUGAUAUCCAAUAUGCAAGACAAAGUCUUCUGACAUGGUUUGGAUCUGUGCCCAAAUCUCAUGUUCAAUUGUAAUCCCCAGUGUUGGAGGUGCGGCCUGGUGGGAGGUGAUUGGAUCAAGGGAGCAGGUUCUCAUGAAUGAUUUGGCACCAUCCCCUUGAUGCUGUCCUCACAAUAGUGAGUUCUCACAAGGUCUGGGUGUUUAAAAGUGCGUAGCACCUUUUUGCUUGAUCUCUCCUGCUCCUACUCAAACCAUGUAAGACAGCUGCUCCCUCUUUGCCUUCCACCAUGAUUGGAAGCUUCCUGAGGCCUCUCCAGAAGCAGAAGCUGUUGUGCUUCCUGUAGAGCCUGCAGAACCAUGAGCCAGUUAAAUCUCUCUCUUUUUUAAAAAUAAACUACCCAGUCUCAGAUAUUUCUUUAUAGCAACGUGAGGAGAGAAUAAUACAGAAAAUGGCUGAGCUGGUGUCCAAGAUGCAAGACAAAGUCCUCUUUACUCUCCCCUCUUUUGUCCUCAGGCAGAAAGAAGGGUCUCUUUCAGAGUUGUCAGCUGUGCUGCCUAAGGUUUGGAAGAAGUGACACAAUCAUUUCCUUUGCUGCCCCAGCUGGUGUCUCACUAGGUUAUCUGCACCCCAAGUCUGCUGGCUCUAAGCCCAGUCAGCACUGGGACUUGCCUAGAAAUUGCAUUCCUUGUGUCCUAGACUGUCUUUUAAGCUUAUUUAGGACCCCAGAGUGCUUUGCCUUUAGCUCGCAAUGAUAGGGCUUGCCAGAACUUAGAUUCCAACCAUGAGCUUAACCUCUGGCUAGGGAUGGUCUAAAUGUUCCCUCUGUGGGUGCUGGCUGAGUUCUGCCCUAUGUUUCUUUCCUCUGUGACUGGGCAGCACUGAGCUCCAAUGCAAAGUCCCACAAUCACUGGGCUGUCUCUCUCCCAAGCACACAGAUUCUCUCUCUGUCCCAUAUGGUCAUUGCUAGGGAAUGGGAGAGGAAUGGUGUCAGGAAUUCAAGACUCUCUUUCCUACUUUGUUCAGUGCCUCUUUCCUGAACAUAAUGUUAAAAUGAGGUACUACGAUUGCUUACCUGAAUUUUGGUUCUUUUUUUUUUUUUUUGAGACAGUGUCUCGCUCUGUUGCCCAAGUUGGAGUGCAAUGUGCGAUCUCGACUCACUGCAACCUCUACCUCCCGGGUUCAAGCAAUUCUCCUGCCUCAACCUCCUGAGUAGCUGGGAUUACAGAUGCCCACCACCAUGCCUGGCUGACUUUUUUUGUAUUUUUAGUAAAGAUGGAGUUUCACUAUGUUGGCCAGGCUGGUCUCCAACUCCUGACCUCGUGAUCCGCCUGCCUCGGCCUCCUAAAGUGUUGGGAUUACAGGCAUGAGUCACUGCAUCCGGCCUGAGUUUUGGUUCUUUAUUAUUAUUAUUAUUGUUAUUAUUUUUGAGAUGAAAUAUCACUCUUGUUGCCCAGGCUAGAGUGCAAUGGCGUGAUCUCCGCUCACCGCAACCUCCACCUCCCGGGUUCAAGCGAUUCUCCUGCCUCAGCCUCCCAAGUAGCUGGGAUUACAGGCAUGUGCCACCAGCCUUGGCUAAUUUUUUGUAUUUUUGGUAGAGAUGGGGUUUCACCAUGUUGGUCAGGCUGGUCUCGAACUCCCGACCCUAGGUGAUCUGCGUGCCUCAGCCUCCCCAAAUGCUAGGAUUGCAGGCAUGAGCCACUGUGCCCAGCGAGUUUUGGUUCUCAUGAAGGUGCUUUUUUUGUGCGUGGAUAGUUGUUCAAUUUGGUGUUCCUGCAGGGGGAUAUUCUCUGGAGGCUUCUAUUUAGCCAUUUUGUUCCACCUCCCUCCCACUCAUAUGGUUUUUAGUAGGCCUCAGUGUUACCACAUGAGGCUUGCCACAGAGCUGCCUUAGCACAUGGAAGGUGGCUCCUCCCGCAGAGUGAUUCGAGAGAGAGUGAGUUUCCCAGAUGGAAGUUGCAGUCUUUUUAUUGUGUAAUCUUGAAAGUGACAUCCCAUCUCUUCUGCCGUAUAUUAUUCAUUAACAGGGAGUCACUAAAUAUAGCCCACAGUGAAGAAAAGGGGAACCAAGUUCUAUCUCUUGAGGAGAGGAGUAUGGAAAAAUUUGUGAAUGUAUCUUCGAAACCACCAAAAUCUGUUCUCUGGCCACAAAUUAUUUAUCUUCUUCCCACAUGCAAAAUACAUAUCAAAGAAUUUGUGGGCAUAUGUUUAAAACUAGUACACUAUUUUACGCUUCACAGAAACUGGGAUCUUGAGACAUAUCUUUCACUGACUCCAUUUUACAUGCAUGGGAGGCCUUAAACUCCCCAGAUCUUCCACCAUCUGGUUCUAAUUACAUAUUUUCCACCACUUGCUUAUGAAUCUUGCAUACAGUCAAAUCAAAUGAUUCAUCACUUCUUUUGUUUCUUCUUUUUUUUUUUUUUUAGAAGAUUUACUAUAUAUUUAAUUAUAACUUUUUGUAAAAAAUACAGAACCCCACCGAGGUAGUAGGCUAUGCCUGAUUCUCUGCUGGCAGCACAUUCUGAGGGCAGGCUGGGCUAGGGGAGGGACAGAGCCAUCAUAAUAACCAUUCUGUAUUGAGCACCUAUCGCUUUCUUUUUUUUAACUUUUAUUUUAGGUUCGAGGAUACAUGUGCCGGUUUGUUAUACAGGCAAAUUUGUGUCAUGUGGAUUGCUGUGCAGAUUACUUCAGCAACAGACACUAAGUCCAGUACCCAAUAGUUAUUUUUUUCUGAUCCUCUCCCUCCUCCCACCUUCCACCCUCAAGUAGGCCCCAGUGUCUGUUGUUCCCUUCAUUGUGUCCAUGAAUUCUCAUUAUUUACUUUCCACUUAUAAAUGAGAACAUGUGAUAUUUGGUUUUCUGUUCCUGUGUUAGUUUGCUGAGAAUAAUGGCCUCUAGCUCCAUUCACAUUCCCACAAAAGAUAUGAUCUCGUUCUUUUUUAUGGCUGCAUAGUAUUCCAUGUUGUAUGUGUACCACAUUUUCUUUAUCCAGUCUAUCACUGAUGGACAUUUAGGUUGAUUCCAUGUCUUUGCAGUUGUGAAUAGUGCAGCAAAAGACACAUAUGCGUGCAUGUGUCUUUAUGGUAGAAUGAUUUAUAUUUCCCUGGGUGUGAUAUGGUCUGUAUCUGUGUCCCUGUUAAAAUCUUUUUAAAAAAUAUUUUAUUUGACAUUUAAUAUUAAUAGGAUUUUAGAUGCAAAACCACUUGUCAGAAUAACAGUUUCAGUUUUAGCAUCCAUAAUUAUUCAUUGAUUCACGUAUUAAGAAUUCCAGCAUCAUGGCUUUGAUAGUCUCUUGGCUUUUAUAGUGUUCCUUUUUUUAAAAAUUAUACUUGUCAUUCUGGGUACAUGUGCAGAUCAUGCAGGAUUGUUACAUAGGUAUACACAUGCCAUGGUGGUUUGCUGCCUCCAUCCCCCUAUAUUAGGUAUUUCUCCUAAUGUUAUCCCUCCCCAAUCUCCCCACCCCACCCCCUGCUAUCCCUCCUUUAGCCCCCACCCCCCAACAGACCCCAGAUGUUUCCCUCCCUGUGUCCAUGUGUUCUCAGUCUUCAACACCCACUUAUGAGUGAGAACAUGUGGUGUUUGGUUUUCUGUUCUUGUGUCAGUUUGCUGAGAAUGAUGGUUUACAGCUUCAUCCAUGUCCCUAAAAAGGACAUGAACUCAUCCUUUUUUAUGGCUGCGCAAUAUUCCAUGGUGUAUAUGUGCCACAUUUUCUUUAUUAAGUCUAUCCUUGAUGGGCACUUGAGUUGGUUCCAAGUCUUUGCUAUUGUAAACAGUGCUGCAAUGAACAUACGUGUGCACGUGUCUUUAUAAUAGAAUGAUUUAUAAUCCUUUGGGUAUAUACCCAGUAAUGGGAUUGCUGGGUCAAAUGGUAUUCUAUUUCUCGAAUCUUGAGGAAUUGCCACACUGUCUUCCCCAAUGGCUGAACUAAUUUACACUCCCACCAACAGUGUAGAAGGGAUCCUAUUUCUCUACAUCCUCUCCAGCAUCUGUUGUCUCCAGAUUUUUUAGUGAUCGACAUUCUAACUGGCAUGAGAUGGUAUCUCAAUGUGGUUUUGAUUUGCAUUUCUCUAAUGAUCAGUGACAAUGAGCACUUUUUCAUAUGUUUGUCAGCUGCAUAAAUGUCUUCUUUUGAAAAAUGUCUAUUCAUAUCCUUUGCCCACUUUUUGAUGGAGUUGUUUUUUUCUUGUAAAUUUGUUUUAGUUCUUUGUAGAUUCUGGAUAUUAGCCCUUUGUCAGAUGGGUAGCUUGCAAAAAAUCUUUCUCAUUCUGUUGGUUGCUGGUUCACUCUAAUGAUUGUUUCUUUUGCUGUGCAGAAGCUCUGGAGUUUAAUUAGACCCAUUUGUCUAUUUUGGCUUUUGUUGCUAUUGCUUUUGGUGUUUUAGUCAUGAAGUCCUUGCCUAUGCCUAUGUUCUGAAUGGUAUUGCCUAGGUUUUCUUCUAGGGUUUUUAUAGUGUUAGGUCUUAUGUUUAAAUCUUUAAUCCAUCUGGAGUUAAUUUUUGUAUAAGGUGUAAAGAAAAGAUCGUUUCAGCUUUCUGCACAUGGGUAGCCAGGUUCCCCAACAUCAUUUAUUAAACAGAGAAUGUUUUUGUCAGGUUUACCAAGGAUCAGAUGGUUGUAGAUGUGUGGCCUUGCUUCUGAGGUCUCUGUUCUGUUCCAUUGGUCUGUAUCUCUGUUUUGGUACCAGUACCAUGCUGUUUUGAUUACUGUAGCCUUGCAGUAAAGUUUGAAGUCAGGUAGCAUGAUCCCUCCAGCUUUGUUCUUUUUGCUUAGGAUUGUCUUGGCUAUGUGGACUCUUUUUUGGUUCCAUAUGAAGUUUAAGGUGGUUUUUUCCAGUUCUGUGAAGAAGGUCAAUGGUAGCUUGAUGGGGAUAGCAUUGAUUCUAUAAAUUACUUUGGACAGGAUGGCCAUUUUUGCAAUAUUGAUUCUUUCUAACCAUGAGCAUGGAAUGUUUUUCCAUCUGUUUGUGUCCUCUCUUAUUUCCUUGAACAAUGGUUUGUAGUUCUUCUCGAAGAGGUCCUUCACGUCCUUUGUUAGUUGUAUUCCUAGGUAUUGUAUUCUCUUUGUAACGAUUGGGAAUGGCAAUUCGCUCUUGAUUUGGCUCUGUUAUUGGUGUACAGGAAUGCUUGUGAUUUUUGCACAGUGAUUUUGUAUCCUGAGACUUUGCUGAAGUUGCUUAUCAUCUUAAGGAGAUUUUGGGUUGAGAUGAUGGGGUCUUCUAAAUAUACAAUCAUGUCAUCUGCAAAUAGAGACAAUUUGACUUCCUCUUUUCCUCAUUGAAUACCUUUUAUUUCUUUUUCUUGCCUAAUUGCUCUGGCUAGAACUUCCAAUACUAUGUUGAAUAGGAAUGGUGAGAGAGGGCACCCUUGUCUAGUGCCAGUUUUCAGAGGGAAUGCUUCCAGUUUUUGCCCAUUCCAUAUGAUAUUGUCUGUGGGUUUGUCGUAAAUAGCUUUUAUUAUUUUGAGAUACAUUCCAUCUAUACCUAGUUUAUUGAGAGUUUUUAGUGUAAAGGGCUAUUGAAUUUUGUUGAAGGCCUUCUCUGCAUCUAUUGAGAUUAUCAUGUGGUUUUGUCUUUGGUUCUGUUUAUGUGAUGGAUUACAUUUAUAGAUUUGAGUAUGUUGAACCAGCCUUGCAACCCCAGGACGAAGCCUACUUGAUCAUGAUGAAUAAGCUUUUUUGAUGUGCUGUUGCAUUUGGUUUGCCAGUAUUUUACUGGAGACUUUUGCAUCAAUGUUCAUCAUGAAUAUUGGCCUGAAAUUUUCUUUUUUAGUUGUGUCUCUGCCAUGUUUUGGUAUCAGGAUGAUAUUGGUCUCAUAAAAUGAGUUAGGGUGGAUUCUCUGUUUUUCUAUUGUUUGGAAUAGUUUCAGAAGGAGUGGUACCAGCUCCUCUUUGUAUGUCUGGUAGAAUUCAGCUAUGAACCUGUCUGGUCCUCGACUUUUUUUGGUUGGUAGGCUAUUAAUUGCUGCCUCAAUUUCAGACCUUGUUAUUGGUCUAUUCAGGGAUUCAACUUCUUCCUGGUUUAGUCUUGGGAGGGUGUAAGUGUCCAGGAAUUUAUCCAUUUCUUCUAGAUUUACUGGUUUAUGUGCAUUGAGUUGUUUGUAGUAAUCUCUGAUGGUAGUUUGUAUUUCUGUGGAAUUGGUGGUGAUAUCCCCUUUAUCAUUUUUUAUUGCAUCUGUUUGAUUCUUCUCUGUUUUCUUUUUUAUUAGUCUGGCUAGUGGUCUGUCUAUUUUGUUGAUCUUUUCAGAAAACCAGCUCCUGGAUUCACUGAUUUUUUUUUUGCAGGGUUUUUUGUGUCUCUAUCUCCUUCAGUCCUGCUCUGAUCUUAGUUAUUUCUUGUCUCCUGCUAGCUUUUGAAUUUGUUUGAUCUUGCUCCUCUAGUUCUUUUAAUUGUGACAAUAGGGUGUCAAUUUUAGAUCUUUCCUCACUUCCCAUGUGGGCAUUUAGUGCUUUAAAUUUCCCUCUAGACACUGCUUUAAAUGUGUCCCAGAGAUAUUUAAAUGAAGACACAAGGUAUGUUAUGUCUUCAUUCUCAUUGGUUUCGAAGAACAUCUUUGUUUCUGCUUUUGUUUCAUUAUUUAUCCAGUAGUCAUUCAGAAGCAGGUUAUUCAGUUUCCAUGAAGUUGUGCGGUUUUGAGUGAGUUUCUUAAUCCUGAGUUCUAAUUUAAUUGCACUGUGGUCAGAAAGAUUGGUUGUUAUGAUUUCUGUUCUUUUGCAUUUGCUGAGGAGUGAUUUACUACCAAUUAUGUGGCCAAUUUUAGGGUAAGUGUGAUGUGGUGCUGAGAAGAAUGUAUGUUCUGUGGAUUUAUGGUGGGGAGAGUUCUGUAGAUGUGUAUUAGGUCUGCUUGGUCUACAUCUGAGUUCAAGUCCUGUGUAUCCUUGUUAAUUUUCUGUCUCAUUGAUCUGUCUAAUAUUGACAGUGGAGUGUUAAAGUCUCCCAAUAUUAUUGUGUGGGAGUCUAAGUCUCUUUGUAGGUCGUUAAGAACUUACUUUAUGUACCUGGGUGCUCCUGUAUUGGGUGCACAUAUAUUUAGGACAGUUAGCUCUUCUUGCACUGAUCCUUUUACCAUUAUGUAAUGCCCUUCUUUGUCUCUUUUGGUCUUUGUUGGUUUAAAGUCCAUUUUAUCAGAGACUAGGAUUGCAACCCCUGCUUUUUUUUGUUCUCCAUUUGCUUGGUAAAUAUUCCUCCAUCUCUUUAUUUUGAGUCUAUGUGUGUCUUUGUCCAUGAGAUGGGUCUCCUUAAUACAGCACACCAGUGGGUCUUGACUCUUUAUCCAAUUUGCCAGUCUGUGUCUUUUUAUUGGGGCAUUUAGCCCAUUUACAUUUAAGGUUAAUAUUGUUAUGUGUGAAUUUGAUCCUGCCAUUUUGAUACUAGCUAGUUAUUUUGCCCAUUAGUUGAUGCACUUUCUUCAUUGCAUCAAUGCUCUUUACCAUUUGGUACAUUUUUGCAAUGGCUGGUAUUGGUUGUUCCUUUCCACAUUUAGUGCUUCCUUCAGGAGCUCUUGUAAAGCAGGCCUGGUGGUUACGAAAUCUCUCAGCAAUUGCUUGUUUGUAAAGGAUUUUAUUUCUCCUUCAUUUAUGAAGCUUAGUUUGGUUGGAUAUGAAAUUCUGGGUUGAAAGUUCUUUUCUUUAAGGAUGUUGAAUAUUGGCCCCCAGUCUUUUCUGGCUUGUAGGGUUUCUGCCAAGAGAUCUGCUUUGAGUCUGAUGGGCUUCCCCUUGUGGGUAACCUGGCCUUUCUCUCUGGCUGCCCUUAGCAUUUUUUCCUUCAUUUCAACCCUGGUGAAUCUGACGAUUAUGUGCCUUGGGGUUGCUCUUCUUCAGGAAUAUCUUUGUGGUGUUCUCUGUAUUUCCUGGAUUUGAAUAUUGGCCUGCCUUGCUAGGUUGGGGAAGUUCUCCUGGGUAGUAUCCUGAAGAGUUUUUCACCUUGGAUUCAUUCUCCCUGUCACAGUGAUCAAACGUAGAUUAGGUCUUUUCACAUAAUCCCAUAUUUCUUGGAGGCUUUGUUCAUUUCUUUUCACUCUUUUUUUCUCUAAUCUUGCCUUCUGGUUUUAUUUAAUUGAGCUGAUCUUCAGUCUCUGAUAGCCUUUCUUCUGCUUGAGGAAUUCAUCUAUUGAAACUUGUGUAUGCUUCAUGAAGUUCUCGUGCUGUGUUUUUCAGCUCCAUCAAAUCAUUUAUGUUCUUCUCUAAGCUGGUUAUUCUAGUUAGCAUUUGAUCUAACCUUGUUUCAAGGUUCUUAGUUUCUUUCUUUGGGUCAGAACAAGUUCCUUUAGCUCAGAGAAGUUUGUUAUUACCCACCUUCUGAAGCCUGCUUCUGUUAAUUCAUCAAACUUGUUCUCCAUUCAGUUUUGUUCCCUUGUUGGUGAGGAGUUGUGAUCCCUUGGAGGAGGAGAAGCAUUCUGGUUUUUAGGGAUUUUAGCCUUUUUGUGCUGAUUUCUUCCCAUCUUCAUGGAUUUAUCUACCUUUAGUCUUUGAAGUUGGUGACUUUCAGAUAAGUGGAUGUCUCUGAGUGGAUGUCCUUUCUGUUGAUGUUGAAGCUAUUUCUUCCUGUUUUUUAGUUUUCCUUCUAUCAGUCAGGCCUCUCUGCUGCAGGACUGCUGGAGGUCCACUCCAGACCCUACUUGCCUGGGAAUCACCCACAGGGACUACAGAAUAGCAAGGAUUGCUGCCUGUUCCUUCCUCUAGUAGCUUCAUCCCAGAAGGACACCCACCAGAUGUCAGCCAGAGCUCUCCUGUAUGAAGGGUCUCUUUGGAUGUAUGGGAGUAAGGGAGCCGCUUGAGGAAGCAAUCUGUCCCUUAUCAGUGCUCAAGUGCUGUGCUGGGAGCUUCAUUGCUCCUUUCAGAGCUGCUGGGCAGAGACAUUUAAGUCUGCUGGAGUGUGACUCACAACCACCCCUUUGCCCAGGUGUGCUGUCCCAGGAAGGUGGGGCUUUAUUUCUAAGUCCCUGAUGGACUGCUGCCUUUUUUUCAGAGAUGCCCUGCCCAGCAAGGAGGGAGUCUAGUCACAGUCUGCCUGCAGAGGCCUUGCUGAGCUGUCGUGGGCUCUGCCCUUCUGCUGUGUAAACUUCCUUGCAAUUUGUUUACACAGGCAAGUUUAGAACUGCCUUGGUAAUGGCAGACUGCCUCAAUAAUGGCGGACACUCCUCCCCACAGUAAGCUCAACUGUCCCAGGUCGAACUGAAACUACUGUGCUGGCUGCAAAAAUCUCAAGCCAGUGGGUUUGAGUUUGCUGGUCUUUGCGGGGGUGGGACCCGCCGAGCCAGACCACUUGGUUCCCUGCCCUCAGUCACCUUUUUCUCAGGGUAAUGGGCAGCUCUGUCUCUCAGGUGUUCCAGGCACCGGCUAAAAGGGCCGCCCAGGUUUGUGCUGGAAACCCAGAGCCUACCAGCCCCAGUGGGAAUAUCCUAGUCUGUGGGCUGUAAAGACCGUGGGAGAAGCACAGUAUCUGAGUCAGAGUGCCAGAGUGUCUGGAAAAAGUCCCCAAUGGCCUCCAUUGGGUAGGAGGGGGGCCUCCUGCCUAUUGCACUUCCCAGGUUAGAUAGUGCCCCACGCUGCCUCAGUUUGCCCUCCUUGGGCUACACCCAUUGUCCAUCCAGUCCCAUUGAGUUGAACCUGGUACCUUGGUUGGAAAUGUGGAGAUCACUCGCCUCUGUGUCGCUCUCGCUGGGAACUGCACCGUGGAGCUGUUCUUAUUUGGCCAUCUUGGCAGAAGUCCUCCCCCUUAGAACCCGGGUUCCAACAAGAUGCUUAGCUCCGUUCAUCAACUUGCGGACACCAAGCGCCACCCCCUGUUCAAAUCUUAUGUUGAAUUGUAAUCCCUAAUGUUGGAAGUGGGCCUGGUGGGAGGUGAUUGGAUCAUGGAGGUGGAUUUCCCCUGAGUGCUGUUCUUGUGAUGCUAGUGAGUGAGGUGUAGUGAGAUCUGGUUGUUUAAUAGUGGGUGGCACCUCCCUCCACACUUCCGUUUGCUCUGGCCAUGUAAGACAUGCUUGCUUCGCUUUCACCUUCUGCCAUGAUUUUAAGUUUCCUGAGGCUUCCCCAGAAGAUGAGUGGAAGCCGCUACGCUUCCUGUACAGCCUGCAGAACCAUGAGCCAAUUAAACCUCUUUUCUUGAUAAAUUAUGCAGUCUUAGGUAUUUAUUGAUAGCAAUGUGAGAAUGGACUAAUACAGGGUAUAUACCCAGUAAUGGGAUUGGUGGGCCAAAUGGUAUUUGUUUUAACAUCUUUGAGGAGUCACCACACUGCUUUUCACAAUGGUUGAACUAAUUUACACUUCCACCAACAGUGUAUAAGUGUUCCUUUUAGUCCACAACCUUGCCAACAUCUGUUGAUUUUUGACUUUUGAAUAAUAGCCAUUCUGACUUGUGUGAGAUGGUGUCUCAUGGUUUUGAUUUGCAUUUCUCUAAUGAUCAGUAUUCACUUUUUCUUAAUCACACCCUAAAUCUACCAUUCUCUGUACCUUCAUGGGUGCUCUUACCCCAGGCUGGAAAGUACUUCCUGAUGUUUCUUUUCAAAUCCUCCACAAAAGACCUACCCUUAUUUUCAUAUAUUACCUUCUUCAUAAAGUAUGGCAGCUCCCCCAAAAUAGAAUGCAUUUACUGUGUUUGAUUGUAAAUUGCUAGAGGGUAGGAAGCAUACCUUGCUCAUCUCUGUAUCCUUCAAAACAGGAUGCCUAUUUCAUUGGGCCCAACAUGUGUUCAACAAAUGCUGAAUGAAAUGAUGUGAAGAUAGUACUUCUUCAUUUUAGGUGAGACAAACACUUUGAGUUGUUUGUGCCCAUGUGAUACAUCAACAUCAUUAUAGCAUUUUAUUUGUUGCAUAAGAUCUGUCUUUCAAAGACAUAAUCCAAAUUAUAGAAGGCAUCCUGACAGAAUUGGUGGUAAAUUUUUCAAAUUAUAUCAACAUCUUUAAAGUCCCAGCCUUCUGUGGCUAUAUUGAAGGGCCAAGAAAAAUUCAGUUACCUACCAACGUGUUGAUGCACCAUAAAGAUCCCACAAUGUGAGGAAUAGGGAACCGUACCGUUAGGCUGACUUCAGCUAUGCUGUGGUUGGAUAUCUUGCUUAAUUUUUAAAGCUUUUUUCUUGCUCCCCACACACUUUAUUCCCACCUCUUUUCCUCUCUUUCUUAUUCUCUCCUCCCUCCUUCUCUCCCUCCCUCCCCUCACCCCUCCCUCCCUCCCCUUUUCUCCACUCCUUCCUUCCUUCCUUCCUUCCUUCCUUCCUUCCUUCCUUCCUUCCUUCCUUCCUUCCUUCCUUCCUUCCCUUCCCUCCCUCCUUCUCUUUCCUUUCUUUCUUCCUUCCUUCUUCACAUCACUUUCUUAUCUGACCUCUCCUUGUUCUUCUUGCCCUAAACUCUGUGAGCGUCUAUAUGAGUAUUCUGGUGGGAUUACUGUCCUUUAAAUUAGUCAAAUAGAAGUUCUGUAUUUGCUAAUAGCUUUAUUGAGGUAUAAUUUACAUACCAUAAAAUUCAACCAUUUUAAGUGCACAAUUCAGUGAUUUUCAGUAAAUUUAGAGUUGUUCAACCAUUACCACAAUCUAGUUUUUAGAACAUUUCCAUGACCCUAAAAAGGUCUCCAGGGCUAACUGAAUUUUUUUAACGUAUAUUUUUAACCUUUUUUCUCUUGUUAUAAAAACAAUACAAAGUUACUUUAUAGGUUGGCAUGGUGGCACACGCCUGUAGUCUCAGCUACUAGGUAGGAUGAGGUAGGGAGGAUUACUUGAGGCCAGGUGUUUGAGACUGUAGCGAGCUAUAAUCAUGCCUGUGAAUAGCCAUUGCCCUCCAGCCUGGGCAACAUUGAAUGACCCCAUUUCUUAAAAUUACUUUAGAUAAUUUCGAAAACACAUAAAAGCAGAAAGAAAUAAAUAAAAAAAAUCUUCAUUCCACAAUCUACAGACAACCACUGCUAUUUUGGCAUAUGUUUAAUCGCUCUCUCUACGUAUUUGUUUCCAUCUUAGAAGGGAGGUUGAUUCAAUCUGGGGACACAGCAGCUAUAUAUUAACAACUUAAAAAGAGCAGGGAGGAGCUCUUUCUAUAUUAUUGAUUUAAAAGAGUUUGACUGGACUUUUGCCUUUCAAAUUACCACAUUCUAUAUCUAUUGAUGUGUGAGGGUAAGAAGCCAAUUAAGGCAAUUGCUCCUGGACCAAACUGAGGGUCAGGCUGCUAUUUCUUGAGGCCCAAUGACAAGAUGCAGAUGAACCGAGGAGAAAGAGAGUUUUUAUUUCUGUAACCAGUUACAGGGAGAAGGCCCGGAAAAUACUGCUAGGCCAACCUCAAAAUUACAAAGCUUUCCAGAGCUUAUAUACCUUUUAAGUUAUAUGUCUAUGUGUAAGUGUGCAUUCAUCUAAAGACACAAGUGAUUAACUUCCUUUAAUCUAUAACGAAGAUCUGAGUCCUGAAGACCUUCCUGUGGAACCUCAGUAAAUUUACUUAAUCUAAAUGGAUCCAGGUGCUGAGGUGAUUUACCCUCCUACUAAAUCAUGAAGGUUUGGGGAGUUCCUUCAGACCCCCAAUAAACUUAUUUGUAGAGGCCUGUGAAGUUCUUCAGACCCACAAUAAAACUUGUUUAAUUCUAAAUGGGUCCUGUUAAGAAUUCCUUCGUUAUCUUGCCAUGCUUUAAAGAUAAGGAAAGGCCUAGGCAAAACUCUUGGUGGGUUUUUAUUACCUUCCAGCCUUUAUACAGGGGACUUGCUCUUUCAGCUUUUAAUUAACCACUCAGUACUGAAACAGUUAUUAUGGAGGCCUGCUUUAGUGAGACCUGGUCUGCUACACAAUGACUAGGCCACUAUGGGCUGGGGAUUGCAAUGUGGGUUUGAAAUGUGUAUGGGUGGGAGUAGCUAAGUGGGGGAGCGGUUACAGUAAUAGCUGCCUGGAGGCCUCGUGGAGGACCCUAAAUACAGAACUUUGUACUGGGGUGGUAGGAGGGUUGUGAGCUUGAGAAAAUCAGAACUCUUGCAAGGAAAAACCAAGCUGGGCUUCAAGGGCCUGCCUUGGGACUCCCUGGCAUUUCUUUGAGGGGAAAGUUGAAAAAAAGGGAAGGGGUAUGAUAAUGCAGAAGGGGAUGAGCAUGUCAGGAGAUUUCUGAUGAGCCUGGUAGAGUGCAUUGCCCAGACUAAGUGUCAACCCAUAUACUAGUAAAUGGGCAACAGAGCCAAGAUGUGGAACUGGAUAAUCAAGUUGGGGGUGGGGCUACGGGGAUUGCCUAUUCCUGGCUGGGAAGUUGGCAGUUUCUGUUUUGCACUAGCAAAGAAGUUGAUUGGUAGGUAAACAAGUGAAGAUUCUGGAAUAUGUUGAUGACUUUCUGUGGUCUCCCAUAACUUUUACAAGAAAGAGAAAAGCAUCUCGACUUGGAGCUAUUUCAAAGCUUUACUAUUAGAAGUUUUUGGCCUGCAGCCAGCAAUUCAAGUUGUCUGAGAGUCAGGAAAUUACGACACAUGCAGGCUUGAAAAAGUGGAAUUCUUUGUCAGAGGCUAAAGUGAAAAGAGAGGCAGAAAACAAAGUUGAUAAUGAAACUGGGGCCUGGGAAGCCUCCACAUUCCUGCCUCUCCUGGGCAUCUUCUGCUGUAUGUUCCCUGCCUGACAAAGGUUUAGAACAUGCAGCCUGGGAAUACAGAGUAUCUGGGCCUCCCUAAGUCUGCUAUUGUUUUGCAUUUCUCUAAACCAGAUGUUAAGAUGGAGGCCAUUAAGCUGGAGGCUGCAGGACAGGCGGAGCACUGAGAUUUGUUUCUGAAAGACAGAAAGUUUUAGUUUAGGUUCUGGAUGCAUGGACCAUGACUUGAUAAAAUCUCUGACUUUGGUUCUUAGCUUGAAAAAUUCAUUGAAUGAAUAUAAGCAAAAACUCAUCAAGCUUUUAAGUAAGUUGUGUUGCAGGAAAAACCUUAAAUCCAAUGAGUAAAAGUCAUGAUCUCCUAUUUAACCGAAAAGGUGAUUUUCAGGUCUCCACACCUGCAACAAUGAGGAAUAAACUGCUAAAAGAUGCAGUCCCUUAAAGGAGACUCCGCUACUGAUGCCCACCUCAGAGGUAGAUAUGAAAGAUGGUGAGAGCAAAACAAGGGGCAGCUGGUUUUCUAGGGCAGGGAGUUACUGAAAUUCCUCUCAAAGAGGGUAUAUUAUUGCUUAUGAUACUUGUGUUUUUUCUUCCCUUCUCUUUUUUCAAAUGGGGGCUGUUUCUCUAAUGUGGUCCUGUUGUCUGUGCAACUUCAUACACUAGGUCUGUUGGUUGUAGUUAAAUAACCCAUCUGUAGACUUCCAGACAAUAAGGAGCUGCAUUUAGACUUGUCUGGGAGACAUCACCCAGAUAUCUUGAGUAUGAUAAGUUAAUGAGACUCAGCAUUGGAGUAUAUUCUUUUGGGAAGGGGGUAAGUGCAAUUUCGGCAGUCCACGGGACAGUUGCAUAAUGUUGGAAGGAUACAUUUUAAAAUCUGUAUGUACAAGGAAAAAAAAGGUGUAUAAAUGCUGGGACGUCAAGUGGGGGAGUGUAGUGAGUCCCAGUGACAUUAUUUGAUACAACUGUGACUGAAACGAGAAUUCGUUGCCUGUACUUUUCAAUUAAUGAAGCCAACAAAUUCUCUUUUUAGUUUAAGUGGGUUUGAGUUGGUUUUACUAUCACUUUCAACCACAAAUGCUUGACCACAUAUAUAUUUAAUAAAUAUCUAUUUAUUAAAUAUAUAUUUAUUUAAUAACCACAACACAUAUAUAUUUAAUAAAUGUUAUGUCAAAGUCUUGUAUGUGGAUAAUUUAUAAGGGUAAAUGGUGUUAACUAAGAAAGUACAUAUAUAUAUUUACAAGUAGGUCAAUUUAUUUUCUAGAAUGUAAACUACCUUUUAUAAAUUUAUCCUUUGAAGAGAGGGAAUAUUUCCUGCCGUGUUUACAUCCAAGCAUCCAAUAAUGUUAAUUUGUGGUUAAUAUAUUUCUCAGAUUUUAGUCAAUGAUCAUUGCCAUAUGUGGGUUUUAAACAUAAGGGGAUCAGAUAGGUAAAGUAUUUUUAAAUUUAUAUUAUUGGUAGAUACAUUUGGGUGUGGUAAUCCAGUCUUGAUGGUCAUGUAGACUUGCUGGACAUAGUAGAUUAGAUCCUUGGCCAAAGAAAUUUUACAAGUUUCCUGAGCUAUAAACUUUGCCUAUGCAAUUCACAAAUAUCUAAUAAUAUCUAAAUGAUGUGUUAUUACCGACAGAUAAUUACUUGAACUCAAUUAACAUUUUCUGGUAAGUCAUUAAAUGUUACUUUUCUGUGCAGGCAUUGAAGACUUUGUUUCACACACUUAUUCAUUACAAUGCACUGAUUUUUUUGUUUGUUUUUUUUGAGACAGAGUCUCACUCUGUCGCCCAGACUGAAGUGCAGUGGCGCAAUCUCAGCUCACUGCAACCUCCACCUCCCAGAUUCAAGCAAUUCUCCUGCCUCAGCCUCCUGAGUAGCUGGGAUUACAGGCUCAUGCUACCAUGCCUAGCUAAUUUUGUAUUUUUAGUAGAGACGGGAGGGAUUUCACCAUGUUCGCCAGGCUGGUCUUGCACUCCUGAUCUCAGGUGAUCUUCCCGCCUUGGCCUCCCAAAGUGUUGGGAUUACAGGCGGCGUGAGCCACUGUGCUGGGCCUACAAGUCACUGUUAAUAGUAUUAUUUUCAAAGAGCUCCUCCAGUAGUUUGCAUAGUAUUUUCCCCAACUUCCAAAGUUUUGAUACUGUUUUCCCCUCUCUCUUUCCCCCAGUUAAAAAAAAAAAAAAAAAAAAAAAAAAAAACCUCUUCUUGAUAAUUUUAAUGUGGUUUUGGGAAGGAACAAAAGUAGAUGUGUUUUUAAUCUAUAAUUUUAACUUGGAAGGUACCAUUAUGUAUUAAAAGUACUGGGCCUGAGAUUAGGUACACAAUAAAUGAUAGUGACUAUUAUUGGGGGAGGAGGGUGGUGGAGCAUCAGGAAUCAACUAAUGCAGGGGUCCCCAACAUCCUGAAACUGGACCUCACAGCAGGAGGUGAAGAGUGGGCCGGCGAGCAUUGCUGCCUGAGCUCUGCCUCCUGUCAGAUCAGUGGUGGCCUUAGAUUCUCAAAGGAACAUAAACCCUAUUGUGAACGGUACAUGUGAGGGAUCUAGGUUGCGCAUUCCUUAUGAUAAUUUAACUAAUUCCUGAUGAUCUGAGGUAGAAUAGUUUCAUCCCCAAACCAUCUCUCCAUGACACCCACAACAGUCCCCUAGUCUGUGGAAAAAUCGUCUUCCAUGAAACCAAUCCCUUGUGCCAAAAUGAUUGGGGACCGCUGAACUAAUGUUAUUUCAUUUUCUUUUUACUUUUUUGAGACAGGGUUUCACUCUGUCACCCAGGCUGGAGUGCAGUGGUGGGAUCCCAGCUCACUGUAGCCUCUACCUUCAGCCUCCCACCUCAGCCCCCUGAACCAUUGGGACCAUGGGUGUGCACCUCCACACUCAGCCAAUUUUUGUAUUUCUUGUGGAGACAAGGUUUCAUGCCAUGUUGCCCAGGCUGAUCUCAAACUCCUGACAUUAAGCAAUGUGUCUGCUUCAGCCUCUCAAAGUGCUGGGUUUACUGGCCUGAGCCACUGUCUCAUACCUAUUUCAUUCAUUUCUUUGUAUGAGAUUGGACUUCUGAUAAAUGUGGAUGAAUCUAUUGUACUCAGUACAUGAGAAAUGCACACAGAUUUUAUGCUUUAAUGAUUUUUUUUUUUUGGUUCUUUAUUUCCUCUUAGUUUUGUAACGAGUAUUUGAAAAUCCUGAGCUUGUCUUGGCAGAAAUACAAGGAAACAGGAGCCCCUCAGGCAUUGUUGACAUUAUUAGGGGCAUGUUUGUGGUGUCAGACCUGGUCCCUACCAUUAGUUAUGCUCCAGUAGAGCCCUCAUCUUAGUUGUACAUUUGCAUAUUAUUUCAAAGUCCUUUUUCCUCUAUUUUUGUUUUACUGAAUUAAUUUCAUCAUUGUGGCUUCAUGCCAUGAUAAAAAUAUUUUCUGUGGAGCUGGAGGAAGUUUUGGUGAACACCAAAGCAUAUUCAAUUCCACAGUAAUUUACUGUUAGGCAUCUUUCAAAUACCAGCCCCUGUAGGAGAAAUGUCAGUAUGAAGAUGGAACCCCUGCUUCCAUCUUUAGUAGAAAGGGUAAGGUAAAAUGCAUAGGUCACUAAAAUGAGGCAGACAAUAGCAAAAUAAAUACCAUUAUAUAAAGUACUUACUCUGUGCCAGUCACUCUUUUAAAAGUAUUUUAAAAGUAGUCAAUGCAUUAAAACCCUAAACAAUUAUUAUUAUCUUCAUUUUCAUAUGGGGAAACUAAGACGCAGAGAGGGUAAGUGAAUUUGUCCAAGUUACAAAAGUAGUAAGUGGCAGAUCUGGGGUUUGAUCUACUUGAUCCAGAGAGUCCAAUUCUAGUAUUGGCAUGCUACCUUGCCUAGGUUAAACCAAGUUCUAUUUAUUUGAAUGUUCCUAUUCAAAUGAAGAAGUGAUUCUGUGUGCUCAUGCAUGAGUGUACAUGUAUGUGUGUGUAUGUAGGGAAUAGAAAUGGGAUUUAAAAGAGGUUGUGGCAUUUGAGCUAUAUCCUUUUGGUUUUAUGUCAUUUUAUGUUCAAUUUGUUACGUCUUGAUCUUUCAAUUUGUUACAUCUUGAUCUUUUCUUAACAUUCCAGUUAUACUCUGCUUGAAACACUUCAAAACUCCUGGACCUCUGAUUUCUCCAAUUAGCUAUCCAAGUCUAACCCAGUCAGAACUUUACAACUUUGGAUCAAAAGCCUUUGCAAAAUUUCAAGGGCAAAUUGGAGGUACAUUAUAUUCUGCAGAGAAGGUUAUAGGUUUUCAGAACAGAAUGAAAGUCACCAAGUCUAUGACCACACAUUAUAAUGUUGGUUUUGUGAUGGGAAUUAACACACCAGUUCAUCACUGUGUCCAAUUGACUUCAUGUCCCAAAUCACUUGGGCUCUGUUUUUUGAGGUCAGCUGAGUAAAGAUAGGGAGUGUGAAAGAUGUGUAUGUGUCUUUGUUGGAUAAUAGGUGAAAUGAGGAUGUCUGCUUGGGCCUAAGCUGUGGCCAGCGCUGUAAUUCACAAGUAUCUGGGAAAGGCUGAUUAACAGGCACCAAAACUCUGUAAGCAGGAGAGUUAGAGGAGGAGUAAGGACAAGAGAGCUCAAGGAUGAUUACUGGAAAAUACUGGAGAGGACAGCAUGGUGUCUGUCUUGGACAUGCUCUGCAAAAUGUUCCCAUGGGCUCAUGGUGGAGGUCUGUGGUUGGCGGGACGAUUGGCAGCAGGCGUGACAGGCUUUUCCACAAAGAGUUUGUAACACGGGCACAAUGUCAUCUAGGUGCCUAUGUGAGGAAGUGUGACCAAAGUGGGGAAAAGGACAUUUCUUUCCCUUCCUGUGGUACUCAGUGUAAUAUCAGUGUGGUAAGAAUCCCAGAGGAAGGAUGGUGGGGGCAGAACCAGCUCAAGUGGCAGAGACCUGACUGACUUGUUUGCAGGUUAUAUGAGACACAUUAGAGUAUUCCUGAAAAUAACUUACAGGAGCCUCGAAUGUAGGAACAGCGGGGAGUGAGAUGUGACUCAUGUUGUGCAGAAUACCCACCAGCUAGUACAGCCCAGGAAAUGCGUUAUGUAGUCACUUCUCUUUUACUCGUUCUUGAAUGAAUUCUGCUUCAUGAAUUUAUUGGUGUUAGAUGACUCCAACACAAGUUAGCCACUGCUCUAAAUUCAUAGGAUAUGCUGUUUUCUUGGUGUGGGUUCCCCCAGGAAGAAGGUAUUGAAAUAAGAUUCUAUGCAAAUUCUAUAGUUCAUUAAUAAGUUAGUUCUAAGAAACGCUGGUAGGGGAAUGGGGAAGUGAGACAGAAAUAAGAAGGUAGCCAGUAAAAGGUGAGUUAUUAAGCCAGUUGCUACUGCAGGAAACUGGUGGAAACCCUGGGAAGCAUUGUAGAACACACACCUCAGAGUCAUCCCACUUGAGGGGCAAGGGAGCUGGGGUAUGUAUCCAUCCACUUUUGUCAGUCAUUGGUUGAGGGCUCUUCCCAGGGGGAUCGUAAUCCUUCAGCACUUCCAGCAGAAAGAGGGCAGACAAUUGCAGGUGCUGGCGGUUGAAAGCCAGGUUGGUGUGUGUGCAAAUGCUAAGUGUGGGGAACAUGGGUGGGGUACAGACAGUGGCUGCUAUUCCUAUGGCAUGCAAGUUCUUCUAGCUUGUUUGUUCCACUGUUUGACAAUGUCUUGGUCAUGCAAUGGAGUUCCUUGCUGAUUGACACCUGAAAACUUCUCAUAUCUCCCCUGCUCCUGGUUCCAUUUGGUGUUCCCCUUCCUCCUUGUUGUUCUACUUCACUGAGUUCAUCACCAUUUGCCUUGGCUUUGGUAUCAAAGACCUGUGGAAAGCUAUUUCCUUUUUUGAGCCUCAAUUUUUCCAAUCUCAAGGUUAGAAUAAUAACAUAUUUUUAGGAUUUUUGUGUGCAUCGAAGAAUGUAUUAACAUACAGAAAAAACCAUAUGUCAUAACGUGUGUUCGAGAAGGGCUAGCUGUCUUUCUAUUGCCAUAGUUGUUUUUCUCUUGGCAAAGCCAAGAACUCGUGGAGACCUUAUCUUUCUGGGAAUCCUCCCCCCAAAAAACUGAGAUAUAUAGAUAAAGGCUAUGUUUGUCCUCUAAAAGAAAACUAUGCAUUUUAUUAUCUUUCUAAUAAUUUUAUCUAAGUUAAAAUGAUUACAUGUUUACUUUUGAUAUUUAGUGGAGCAAUACAAGACAUACUUCACUGAAGUCUAAGCAUAUAGCAUUUACUUUGCGUCUUUCAUCACCUAUCCCAGAAAUAAUUAGGGUAGGAAGCAGGGACUCAGCUUUAUGAAGCUACAGGCAUGACUCUGCCUUGAGCUGAGGCCAAUCUGAGAGUCAUUAAUGUGUCUCAGGAGACUGUGAUGUUUUGUAUUCCUGACCUUUUGUGCCCUGUGGUAUCUAUGUUGGCUGUUGAUUCCAGCGUUACCGUUUUUUGCUCUGAAUUAAGAUGGAGGGAAGAAGAGAGAAAAGGGAGAAAGGAGAGCUGCUAUUGUUGGCUUCUGAAUAAUCUGUAAUUUUCAUAAUGACACGUUCCUAGAUAUACUCAUGCUGUACAUAAUUGCAAAGUACUCUUACAUACAUUUGAAAAUCUAAUCCUCAUAACUACCCCAUAAAAUGAGCAGGAAGAAAGAUCUAUCAAGAGCAGAUUUGUGCUAAUUCUUUGGAGGAAGCAACUGUGAAGAAAAGGAAACUCAGAGAAAAAUAGGAUGCCAUGCACAAAGGUGGUAAAGUUAAGCCUUUCGUUUGCUUAGGGAAAAAAGAAUGCACCCAUGGGGUCCACUGUUUUUUAUACUGUCGAGGUGAAAGGGUGGAUUACUGAGGUUUGAACCAGUCUUGGCCCUGGAAAUUCUGACAUGAGUCAUUUUGAGAAAGGUCUCUUAUUGUCCAUGAGCCCCACUUUCCUUACCUGCAAAAUCAUGGUAAAAAUAUUUGCAGGAGAGACCAGCAAUCAUAUGGAGGUAGCUGUAAGAAUUUAACGAAAUGUGCAUAAAAGCACUGUGCAAGCUGUAAAGUACUGUACGUAGAUAUUACACUGAUACUUCACUGAAAAUGAAGACAUGAUUUUGCAGAAUCAGGAGAGUAUAAAAUAUCAAACUUAAAAGUUGACCUCUUAAUAGCAUUAUUGGGAAUCCAAAGUUUACUGACUUGGAGGUUUAAGAUUUGUCUGACAGAGGUACAGAAAGACAAAUUAUCACAUGUUCUCACUUAUUUAGGGGAUCUAAAAGCCAAAGCAAUUGAACUCAUGAACACAGAGAGUAGAAGGAUAGUUACUAGAGGCUGGGAAAGGCAACGGGGGGUUGGUGGGGAGGUGAGAUGGUUGAUGGGUACAAAAAAAUAGAAAGAAUGAAUAAGACAUACUAUUGACAGCACAGCAGGGUGACUAUAGUCAAUAAUAACUUAAUUGGACAUUUUCAAAUAACUUAAAGCAGCAGUCCUCAACGUUUUUGACACCAGGGACCAGUUUUGUGGAAGAUGAUUUUUCCACUUUGGGGGGUGGGGGAGAGUUUCAGGUUGAAACUGUUCCAUCUCAGAUCGUCAGGCAUUAGUUAGAUUCUUUUUUUUUUUUUUUUUUUUUUUUUGAGACAGAGUCUCGCUCUGUUACCCAGGCUGGAGUGCAGUGGCAUGAUCUCAGCUCACUGCAGCCUCUGCCUCCCAGGUUCUAGCAAUCCUCCUGCCUCAGCCUCCCAGGUAGCUGGGAUUAUAGGCACGCCACACUACACCUGACUAAUUUUUAUGUUUUUAGUAGAGAUGGGGUUUUACCACGUUGGCCAGGCUGGUAUCGAACUCCUGACCUCAGGUGAUUCACCCACCUCAGAUUCCCAAAGUGCUAAGAUUACAGGCAUAAGCCACUGUGCCCGGCCCAGUUAGAUGCUUAUAAGGAGUGCACAAUCUAGAUCCCUCACAUGUGUAGUUCACAAAAGGGUUCAUGCUUCUAUUAGAGUCUAAUGCCACUACUGAUGAGACAGGAAGUGGAGCUCACGUGGUAGUGCUGACUUGCCCACCACUUACCUCUUACUGUACGGCCCAGUUCCUAACAGGUCUCAGACCAGUACCAGUCCAAGGCCAGGGUGUGGGGGACCCCUGACUUAAAGAUUGUAAUUGGGUCAUUUAUAACUCAAGGGAUAAAUGCUUGAGGGGAUGGAUACCUCAUUCUUCAUGAUGUGAUUAUUAUGCAUUGCAUGCAUGUAUCAAAACAUUUCAUGUACCCUCCGUAAAUAUAUAUACCUACUAUGUACCCACCGAAAUUAAAAAUAAAAAAAUUUUUAAAUUUUAAAGUAAACAUUAACUGAUUAAAUCUAUAUACCAUAAACAAGAAUUCAUUCCAUCAUAGGAACUCUCAUAUGGAAUAUUAUAUAAAAGAGAAAAACAAAAUGCUUUUAAAACAAGAUUUGUCUGGCAGAAGAUUGUUUGAUUAUUUGUUUUUAAAGUAAGGUGGCAAUACUAAUUUGUUUGUCCAGUGCCUUUGUUGACAGUGGAGGGGGAAUAUUGGAAUAGUUUGGACCCACCUUUAUCCAGGUAUUUUAAAGUAAUGCUUAUGCAAUGUAGAAUUGUCGUUAAUUUGCCAGAUAAUGGCAUGAACUUCCACUGUGUUGGACUUUGGGUUUUGAAAGAUCCAAGUUCAAGUCCACAUUUGGCCACAUAGUAGCUGUGCAACGUGACACUUGUUAUUUUAUUAUUUGUAAAACAAGGAUAAAAGUUCUUCUAGGGAUCAUUGUGAAGGAUGGAAUGAGACGUUGAGUGAGAAAAUUCUCUGAAAACCAUGAACAACUCCAUAAAUAUAGGGUGUAUAGUUUGUAUCAUUACUCGUGUUUAAAGAAGUGAAACCAACAGCAAAUGUUCAGUGACACAAUUUAGAGGGAAUCAAGUCAGAAAUUAAUGAGGUGUAGUCAAAAAGACACAGAUUGCUUUUUGAAAUGAUUUCUUCCCAUAUGGCUUUGAUAUGGGAUGUUUAUGGGUGACAAAUGGGGAACUAUGCAAAGGUGAUGCAUGUGCACAAAUUUGUUUUAAGAUUCAUAGCUUGCCUUGCUGGCAAGCGAUGGACUUCUAAGAGAUUCAGUAAAACCUGCUCAGUCCAUUGCCUGUUUCAGACUUAGAGGACUGGAAAUAAAUUUGAUUCAACCCCCAACAACUCUGUGAGAAAGCCAUAGGGCUCACUGACCUCAUGUGUCAAAAGGCAGUGUAGGAGUUCUAACUAUGCAGAAGGGCUCACCACAGCAGGGCCAGGUGGCUAGCCAGGAAGGUUCUCCAUAGGUUACCCUUACUGUGGUAAAUUUGCCACAACCCAUGUUCUGGGUGUAAGUAUUGUAGCAUAUAAAGUCCAAUUUUGUCAACAUAUAGAGAGUAGAUCUUUCUCUCUGGAGUGCAUUAUCCCUACUCAUCAUGUGAAGUUUAAGACCUAAUGCCAAUUAGUUAAUUUUCAGUGAUAAGGAUAGUUAUCAGGAAAUGUAGAAUUUCUAGCUAACACACAAGAAACCAAAUUACCAUCAUAAAAUUGCUUGUUGAGCUUGGAAUCUGAACAGGCAUCAUCAGUCACCUGAUUGGAAUGUUAAAGUGUUCGUUGGUCAAGUUUCUUGGGUGCAGGUAACAAAAUUCUCUAUUGACUCACCUAAGCAGAAAAGGAAUUCAUUGGUACUUCUUGGUCAGUACACAGAAGUGGUGGAUAGGCUGGAAAACCAGGCUCAGAAAACAAAGGGAACCAAGAGAGUGUAUGAAUGGCAGACACACUGUCAUCAGUUCAGUGUUCCACUGCUGUCGGAAAUCUAAGCAGUUGAUGCUACUACCUUUGGAUUUUCAAUCCUGAUGAUGCCACUGCUGAUUUUUUUGAAAUGCUCACACCACCAUGUGUAGCGUCUCAGCUGUCCUUCCACCUUCGUUUCUUUCCUUCAAGAUCCAAAGACCUGGAUAGGAACAUCUGGUUGCUGAGUUCAGGUCAUAUGCAUCUACACAGCUAUUGGGAUGCUAGAAGAGGAAAUGUAUAGUUCCUAGACCUGUGCUUCUCAAAGUGUCAUCUGCAGACUGGUGCCAGGCUGUGGAAUGAUCAUUUUUAUUUUGCGAUGAGGCAAAGAACUCAUGCUCUAAUGGAAACCAGUUUAGUGCUUUUUCCACUUAGGCAGCUUUGCCAUGGAAAAAGUGUCAGUUUAAUUAAACAGUGUGCUACCAAACAGAGCAGCACUUUCUUUGACUUCAUCAUGGGAGGCUUGGACCUGACAUCUGGGGACUCCCCACAAAAGAAGAGUGUUUGGAAUCCAUGUUGUAAAAAAAACAAAAAAUAUCCACCACAAAUGAGAUCAGGCUGAGUAAGCCUGAUGUCUACUAUUCUACCAUAGAGACAUUUUUGCCAUCAGGAAUGUGUGCGUUAUGUGCAUCUAGACAUGCCCUCAUCUGGCUGGUGUUUGGUUGAGUAUGGUGAUUUUGACUAUCACUACUCUCUUUCCCAUAGGGCAGAUUGCUAGCUACCCUCUUGGGAAAGGGAAGGUUGGAGGGGACAGUUUCAUGCCCACCCAACUCAGCUAGUUGAGGCUCUUCACUGUGAUGGUGGGCCAGUGACCCUCAGAUGACCUUGGAAUGGGGUUAUCUGUCCAUUGUGAGUCCUGCCCUUUCUGUCUUCCAUAAGCCAAAUACUCAUAGCACCUUGAUGGAGCAGUUCUUUAUCCAGUGGUUCAGGAAAUGAUCACAGUCUAUAUAGUUGGGGAAUGGUGUGAGAAGGAAAGUAAGUAUUGCAAUUCUGGUUCACCUUCCUUGGUCCUUUGUGUUAUACAUAGAGGCUAAAGCCUCACUCUGUAAGCCAUUACGGUAUGUCUCAUGUGAAUGCCCCUUGUUCUCUUGCUCUUCUACUUCUCCUUCAGUCCUCUCUAAGAUCUUCCCUGUUGAGUGCCCCUCCCAGCACCUCCCUAGAGAGCUAACCUUCCCUACAGAAUAGUAAAGUUCCCAUCUCUUCUUGAGACUUUUGAAUUCAGACUCCCCAGUAGUCUGCUGGAUGUAAAGAGAUUUUCCCUUCACUUUGGGAAGCUCUGGUCUUAUGAAUGAGGUGGAGAAAAGAUAGUAGUGAAGAAGAAUUUCUUCUUCGGUUCCUAAUAACUAAGCACCACUUACCAUUUGACAUGACUUGGAUAUGCGUCCCUGCCCAAAUCUCAUGUCAAAUUGUAAUUCCCAUUGUUGGAGGAGGGGCCUGGUGGGAGGGGAUUGGAUCAUGGAGGUGGAGUUCUCAUGAAUGGUUUAACACCAUCCCCCCUUGGUACUGUAUAGUGAGUGAGUUCUCAUGAGAUCUGGUUGUUUAAAGGGUGUGGCAUCUCCCCACCCUCUCUUGGUCCUCCUGUUCCUGCCAUGUGACAUGCUGGCUCCCCCUUUACCUUCUGCCAUGACUGUAAGUUUCCUGAGACCUCCCCAGAAACAGAUGCCACCAUGCUUCCUGUAGAGCCUGUGGAACUGUGAGCCAAUGAAACUUCUCUUUAUAAAUUACCCAGUCUCAGGUAUUUCUUUAUAGCAAUGUGAGAAGGCACUAAUACACCAUCGAAGGGAUGAAUGACCUUUCAAAGACUAUUUGAAAAUUGCACAAUAGUAUCAAUAUGACCUCGCUCCUCCUUAUUAAACUAAGCUGCAUUCAUUGCUUAUACAUCUUGAGUUUCUGUGUGCAACUUCCCAUGAUAAUGGACUAUGAAUGGUGCCACAGUGAUGUUACUCUUCUCCAAAGCUCAGUGUUCUUCCUGCCUCUAACUCUGAUCAUGAAGGAAGGGAAUGUCGACAAGUUUUAGUUCAACCUACCUUAUCCUUCUAUUCUGUCUAUAGCUGACAAAACUCCAAUUCUUAUAGAUAAAUUAACCCUCAAUCAGGUUAUAGACACUCUUGUGGUUUGAGAGCAAUUCUGUAUCUCUAAGAUAACUUAGAAGGUUCUGAUAUUAUAGACUAAUCUGAGCUGUUUACCAUGUACCCCACCAAGAAAAGCUGUGAAAAAUGCGUAUUAAGUGCUAUGGACUUGAAAACAAGAUGUAAAAGAGGAAGAAAGGAG